UCCUUUAUCCGGCAAUCCUCCGGCCCAUUUCACAACCGGUUCCGAGUGUCAAUUGAAAAGGUAAUCAGGCCCCAUUAUAAUUAUUCAUUAUCACGCCUAAUCAACGCUAAUCAGAAGAACAACAGUCGAGUUUUUUCUUCCGCGGGAAGAAAUAUCAAAUUUACCGCUUGCCAGUGAAAUCCUCGGUAAUGAGUUUCUUACUUCGCUCUCUCAUUAUCGGGAGAACGAUUAUGAAUUGAAUUCCAGUGAAAGUUUUGUUGUUACGUGAAACUAAUUUGAUACACGAGAAGUUGGGGAAACCGAGACUAUUUCACGAGGGGUUGGAUUUUCGGUGGUGCAAUAGAAUUUCAUAUGGUGGAGGGUAGUUUACUCGUGAGUUGAUAUCAUAUCUUGGAGAUUGAAAGUACAGAACUGGAAAUUUCAUCAAAGUUCAGCAACAAUGAGAUUGCAAACUCAUGCAUAAAGUGAAUGCAAUCGGGGAAAUUGUUGUUAGAAUGAAAUAUCGGGGGUUCUGUGUGAGGAUUGAGUAAUUUUAUCGGAUCCAGGGAUAUUUCUAUUGUGAAUUUACACUGGGUAAUUGAGCCGGGGGUUAAUUAUCCAGUGCGAGGGGCUUUAUGUACCGCAAUAAGGUGUGUGUUGGUUUAUGUCUGUGUGAGUGGGAGAAUCAGUGGUUUUAGGGCCGGUGGGGGGUAGCUUUGGUCAACGAAAAGCCAAUGCCUCGGGAGGGGGUCAAUUCUCCUGAGGACCCUGUCCGGCUUCCUUGUCUCGAUUCUCUUCACCUCUUUUUCUUUCUUUACCCUUUUUCUUUUCUUUUCAUUAGCCAACUUUCGUGACUUCAAUUAAUUAACGUCAAGAGCCACAGUGUCAAGUGUUGAGUGAGUCAGUGGAAGAUACUUUUUCGAACUAAUUAAACUGAGUUCGUGGGCUUUUAAAUGGAAUAUUUUUGGGAUUAAAAAAUUUCAAUGAGUCUGUGUGCAGGUGUUUGGAUCAGUGUGGACAACCGGAAAUUGUGUAUUUGAAAAAAAAAUUUCUUGUGAAUGAAUGGAGUUCGCACGUCCUAGUGCACGGGCUAGUGAGGUUCCGGGAGGAGGCGAUUAGGGGCUGAUUAAUCACGAGAUCAUACCUUUGGGUGAUACAUCUAAGAAAUAACUGAAGAAGCUCUUCAUGAGAUUUGGAGUAAGGCGAGAUUAAGGAGCGCCGUCACCUGGUGGAAUCGACAAUUCCGGAGUGGCGUCUUGGGUUGGCUGAGACAUAAAACCACCAGGCGAAUAAAAAAGAGAGUAUAGGAACAAAAAGCCCCGUAUCUCGUGAUUUGCAGAAGAUUGGAUAAACCCCUGGGAUAUCAUCAAACUGGUGACGGGACAGUGAGGAUAUGUUAGAGUGCCUGAAGAAGGUCCCUCAUAGGACCACUCGAUGAAAAAAUAUUCAUAACAGACGAUUGCCGAGGUUGAGCGAACUCGGAGAGCACAAACUCCCUAUACUCCCUACUAGUAUUCAAUUCCAUGGGGCUUUAUCACCAGGUGCUAAUGAUCCUCCAAUCGCCAUGAUAGCGUGAAAAACUCGGCUAUGUACUCAAGCUCACCACUCUCUGGUACUUUUCACAAGUGAUCAUGCACCCAGAAAUGACCACUACCACGAGCAUCACAUGGACAGCCAUAACGAGCACUAGUGAAAUUGACGACACAGCAAUGAGAAUAAAUAUGUCAUGAUAAUUUUUCGUGUGCAAAUGAUAUAAUCGCAACGAUUACCGGUUUCACGUGAGCCACGAAACAUCAUCAGUCACCGUCCACAGUCACCCCCUGGAGUGUUGCACACACGCAUUGCACACACCAUUUCCACAAGUGGGAAAAGCGGAAUGAAUUAUUCACCGUGGAUCGUAGCGUGGUGUGCAAGGCUGUUCGUCCGGUGACAAAGUAUCGCGAUUUACGUUUAAUCACGAUUUGCUAUUCGUCCCUUCCGCAAUUAACCGAUCGAUUCAGCACACCAAAUUGCUAUAUUUCGAGUGGCAAUUGGCAAGUGAUGCAAUAAACCAACUCGAUCAUCUUUCCGAGAAGGAGAGAUUUACCUAGAGGAGACACCAGACCAUUUCCAUGGUAAUCGUAGCCAGUGUAGAUUGAAAUAAAACGAAAUUAUUAUCCCCCAGGGGGUAGUCCGUGCCGAGUGUGGAUAGCAAAUAUGGCGGAUUGGUAUGCUCUCGAGAGGGUGAAUCGCCGGUGAAACAUGACAAUAUUUAUGGUAAUGGCGUCGUCGGGUCAGCAAGCUCCUAACGGAGAUCAGAGAUUGGAGUGAGUCUGGGGGUGUGACCUCUUUCCCCUACCCUCACAUCAUCCUCCUCUGCACAUUCCGUUGUGCCUCUCCUUGACAAACGUUUGACUUCUGGUGCGAUAAAUGCUGGCUAUCGCUUUCUCGGAUUUCCACUGUCGUCAUAGUCUUCGACACCGGAUGCUAGGAGUGAAGUUUAACGGAGAUAGAGGUGUUGCGUGUGGGUGUUAUAUCGGUGAGAGGAUAUAGGAGAGAGGGAAUAUUGUGGUUUGGAAAAGAUGGAGAAGGAUCGGCAUUACAGGGCGUAUGAGGGCUUGAAGGCCGCUAACAACGGCAACACCUCGUCCCUGAAGAGGGCAAAUGCACCUUCUAAAGCGCAGACCAGGCAGAUCAGGUGUCUGUGCUUCGGUGGAGUUCCGGAUAAAGCUAGCCAUCACUCAUUUCUCAAGGGAUUUAUGAUAAAUCUCGGGAUCUGUGCUCUUCUUGUGGCGUACACGCUCCUUGGGAGCUUCAUCUUCCUGGCGAUUGAGGGAGGCGCCGAUGGUGCUCUUCACCAGAAAACUCUUGCAACUACUAUUGCCAACAACAACCAACCGAUUCAUUACAACAACACCGCAUGGCUGAACAAGGUGAAUCGAGACGCUCGGGAACAAACAGUGGAGAGUAUCUGGGAGAUUACGGAACACCUCAAUAUCCUCUAUCGUGAAAAUUGGACGCGUCUUGCUGAGCAGGAGAUUGCCAGAUUUCAAGAUAGGCUUGUGAAAAAAAUAACCGAGAAUAUAAUGAAUCAGCAGACUGUUACGUACAGCGAUGCCAAUACAGAUGGACCGACUAGUGAGCGUAAAUUGCCGGAGUAUGAGUGGAAUUUCGCCAAGGCAUUUCUCUACUCCCUCACUGUACUCACCACAAUCGGAUAUGGUAGCAUAGCACCUCGUUCAACCUGGGGAAAAGUAGCAACUAUGGGGUAUGCGACACUUGGAAUACCUCUGACUCUCGUAUACCUGUCGAGUGCAGGUGGACUAUUAUCUCGUUGUGCUCGUGGUGUAUUCACACGUGCAUUGUGCUGCUGUCUCUGUUCAAACUGCGGCUAUUGUUGCUAUGACGAAAGGCGGAUGCAGGAGAAAGAGAGACGAAUGCGGAGGAAGAGACAGCAGGAGGAGAUGAAUCAACAGCAGCAGCAACAGCUUGCACUGCAGGAGCCAUUUUACGUACGAGCCAAUGCCUCGACGUAUCCGAGUUCCGUUGAAAUAAAGGCCAGCCCAAAGGACGAAGUGUCGAGUCUUGGGUCCGGAGAUAGACCAAAUGUUACUAUUCUCGCGCCAAUUAGCAUUUGUCUGGGUGCUAUGCUGUGUUAUAUAGUAGCCGGUGCUUUUACACUAUACAAACUCGAGGGUUGGAACUUCAUAGAUGCGAGUUACUUCUGCUUCAUGAGUCUGAGCACCAUAGGGUUCGGUGACAUGGUACCAGGCUCCUACCCCCAGAACAACUUCACAGAUUCCACAAAUAUAACAAUCUGGUUUUGCUCGUGCUACAUAAUGUCAGGCAUGGCACUGACAGCAAUGUGCUUCAACAUUCUUCACGACGAAAUUGUCCAUCGUCUAGCUCAUCAGAGUGAGAAACACGACUCAGUUAAGCCAAGUGUUAGCGUUGACGAGCUUUCAGGCGAUCCGUUUGCCCUGACAUCGUGACAAUUUCCAUCCAGUAAUUUGUGCCACAGAAAUGUUACGGAAGAGACACUGUGUGGUGAACCACCAGUGAGUAUUUUUGCCCAUGAGAAUGAAAUGAAUAUACUGAAAGAUAGUUAUAAUCAAGUUGAUGUCACGAGGGAUUGUAAACCCAUCAUCAAGCUUGAAGAUCAUCUGGUCGGACCGAUGUCAGCGGUUUAUACACUACCUGAGGUGGAUGAGGAGGCUGAAGAGAACACGGAAAUGUGAAUCGCUCCCAGUGGACACUGAUGGGACAUCGUGUGGACCCAACCAACUUGCCAGGAAAAAGUUUAAGCGCAGCGAGACUCAUGUAUAACGUACACGAAACUUUGCGAUUGAGCCAUUGGGUCCUGUAUACACCCGGACGAUAUAUCGAAAGAAUCUUGCGCCCCUAGGGAGCCCCAAGUUUUCUAAUAUGUCGACUGAAAGCCAGCUCAUGACACUUGACAGGCAUACCACUGCCAAAUGUUGGAAAAUUAAACAUCAAAUCAAUAUUUCUACUUGCUUGUCUAGAUAGGUACAUUCACAAUUGUUUUUGUACUUCUGUGUAACUGUCUCGUCAGAAAGUUCACGUUAUUGUCUGUAAUAUAAUGAAAACGUAAGAUUUUUUCGGAAAAGGGAAUGGAGUCGUUGAUUUCGACUCCUUCAUUUGUUGUCCUUGUCAUGUUGACUGAAGAUCGGAGAGAAUUUAUGCUCAAGAACAAUAACUAAGAGUAAUUUUACGACUUAAAUAUAGAGAGACUAAGAAUGUUGCGUUUAGAAGGACUAUCCGAGAUGUUUUAACAUUAAUAUUCAAUUCAGAGAUAUGAAAGGGAAUACUGAAUAGACGUAGGGAUGGGAGAAUCCACGGUGAAGACGCUCCUCGCACAUUUGUCACUGGUCGUCAGACUUUUCGGGAUGAAUUAUUGACAACGGCGUGCAAAGGUCGCCUUAAUGAGGUUUCCAUUGCUAUGGAACAUGAAUAAUACAUAGAGGUAGAUGAAUCAUUCUUUCGUUUUUAACAUAUCAUAAAAUAAGUUGAGGAGGCAAUCCGAGCGCUAUUAUCAUUCCAUUCUGAACAAUAUGAUGGAGUUGCUCUCAUCAAUUCAAGGGCAUGCUCGAACAAUCAUUCAGUAGGUAAUUAUUGUUUUGGAAAUACAAUCCCAAGAAUGGAAAAUUAAUUUGUCAAUCGUAACGGAGAAAUCGCCGAGUCUACGGGGGCGCUGAAAAUAUCUAGCACGCACUUCAUUAAAGUUCUAUAACGAUUCCCGAUGAGAAUUCAAGUGCCUCCCUUACCAACGAUGUCGUUUUUCUUUCCACCGUCUUCUCUAUCUUCAUUCAUUUGUUCAUUCGAUUUCUCUCUCUCUAUUUCUCAUUCUGUGAGACUCAAACCUCCAUCCAAACUCUCUAGGGAAAUAUCAUGGAAUCGCGCGACUGGGACAUUACCAACCACACGAUACUAUACCACUCAUUUUAUUCUAAGAGGAGGAAAAAAAAUUCUAUGAAAGUUAAAUGCCUUGGGAGAUAUUUCUCUUAUGCUGUGCAGCCAAUCGGCAUCAAUUCAUGUUUUAAUGAUGUAUUUUUUAGAAUUAGAUUGAUGAUUGCCUUAUCACUAAAUCAUUCUGGAUUCUCCAAUAUUUUUUUCUCACAUCCAUGACUUUGGGAUCUCCCAUUUUUUAAUUCAAUCAAAUUUAAUUGAAUCGGAAAAAUUAAAAAAGAUAUUUGAAAGACUUAAUUUUUAGAUGAGUCAUUGAAAAAAUCAUUCAUGCUAUUGACAAGGGACGAUUCCAAUAGAUUAUUCCUAUGACAAUUUGGAAACUUUAAUUUGCAGAUCCAUACAACAAUAAAAAUUAUUGGGAACCAUAAAAAAUCAGAUCACUAUAAUUUUGAGUGCUCUGUGUACUGAAAAUUUAAUGGAGUGAUGCCAGUUUUACAACGAUUUUGGAAAUCGAUACGUCAUUGACAUAUUAUAGUAAUCACUUUAUAUAUAAUAAAUGAUUUCCACAUUAAAUUAUCGUUCGAAAAUAAUUGUGAUAGCGUCAACCAGUUGACGAACUUUAUUUAACUCGUUUUGAUAGUUGAUUAUGCAUCUACUCAUGAAGUAUCUAAUUAGGGAACGCAAAGAAAAAACGAUCUUCCUACAAGUCUUCUAUUAGACGUUAAAAAACACACCAUCCUCUUUCAAUUAGCAUGUUGAUUAUUUAAUAAACGACCCGACAUUGCGUGUAAUCAAUGAUUAAGAGUAUUUUUAUUGCAUCGUUAAGGCCACACGGAACCAUUGGACAUUGGCGGAUCAUACAUAUUCAAUUCGCAAUAUAACGUCACUUCAAAUCAAGGCGAAUAACGAUUUCACAUUGAGUUUAACGGAGGUCAGUGGGAAUGCUAUUAAAUCGAGUACUCGCGAAAGGCAGAUGAAGAUAAAUUCCAAAACUGAAAAGAUGAUAUUUCUCUAAGUAGUAGCAUAUAAUUUAAAUAAAUGUUUUCUUGUACAUAAUACAGAGGCACUUUGUAUACAAGUAAUAAGUUUACUACUCAUUUCAUGUACUCAAUUAAUGUACAUAGAAUGUAUAACACGUCCUGGUAGUGGUAUGUAAUAUCGUUGAUGAAAAAAAAAGUGAAGAGAAAAAUUUUAUGAAUUAUGACCACUGCAUCGUCUUCGUACUAACAAGUCUCUAGGUAAAAAGUGAAUAUUAAAAAAUAAACAAUUGUGACGAGGAAAGUCUGUGGUCUCUGAAAAAUCUACUGUACAAUUUCUCCCCCAGAAGAAAAAUGUAAAUAUAACUUGAGGGAUUCACUAAAUACGGUCACUGUAAAAUAUUCAUCACUAAAACGCGACACUGAGUAUAAUCGUCUGUAUAAUCAAUGGUCACGCAAUGUAUCCUAUAAU